AUGCUUGCAGGGGUGAUAUACUGGGCUGUGUGGCGGGUAGUGCUCCCAAAGGUAUUUGGGUAUGAGCUUGUACCGCGCAAGGAGACUCUCGAGGACGCUUCCCCAAUGGAUGGUACCGCACCGCAGAAGAUCGGCCAGAAUCCUAUUGUGCUAUCUGUUUUUCUUCGACGGUCUUCGGGUCGGCUUCUGGGGACAGUGACACAACGGUACUAUAAUACCCGAAAGGUUCACCUCCCGGAAAUGUCGUCAUGA